CUUUCCCGAGAAAAGAAGAUGGGGAGGUCCAAAGAACAGGGAACCCUGUAGGACACCACCCCAACUUCCCAAGCUUGUAAUGUGAUCUGAACAAGCAUCCCUCCUACUGUCUGGGGAAUCCCUCCUUGCCUGCUGUGCCCUACCCCGUCACUUGCUUUUUCCCUUUUCUACCCUUUCAUCGCCCGGCCGGCUUCAUCACUCCUCUUCCUCCUUACCUUCAUUGUCACUCACGAUACCUUGCCUGACCCUCGUCCUGCUCUGUGCCUACGGGACUCUGGGACAACUUCACCCAUCCGUCUCUCGUUUUUGGAAUACCUUGGACCUACCUGCCUGACUGUUGUAUACUUACCCGUAGUCAACACUCCUCCCAGAGUACCCUGUCUCUCAUCCAUCGGUAACUUUGGACCUUGCUCCAUCUUGGACCAAAACCCAAUCGCAACCAACUCUCAUCAUCUCACCUACCUUGCAUCACAUCAUCACUGUUGCAACAUUGCAAAGCCUCCCUCGGCAUCACAAAUAUGCGCGCCUCUCUGAGCCUGGUGGCUGUAUACGCCGCGGCUACGGCCAGCGCCUUCCAGGGCUUCAACUACGGAUCUACCUUCACCGACGGUAAAGCAAAGGCACAGUCAGACUUUGAAUCCGAGUUCAAGACUGCAGCUAGUCUCGAGGGCACCAAUGGCGCCUUCACCUCUGCUCGCCUCUACACCAUGGUCCAGGGAGGAAGCACUAAUGAUCCCAUCUCUGCCAUUCCCGCCGCCAUUUCCACAAAGACAACUCUUCUGCUUGGUCUGUGGGCCUCUGCUGGUGAUGCUGCUUUCGCCAACGAGCUUGAGGCCCUGAAGAAGACUGUCUCACAGUACGGCAGUCAGCUCAACGGCUUGGUUGCUGGUAUCUCUGUCGGCAGCGAGGACCUCUACCGCCACUCGCCUACCGGUAUUGCCAACGGCGAAUUCUCUGGCGCCGAGCCCAGCACUCUCGUCAAGUACUUUGAGCAAGUCCGAGAAGUCAUCAAGAACUCGCCUCUGAGCAGUGCUCCUAUCGGUCACGUCGACACAUGGACCGCCUGGGUUAAUGGCAGCAACAAGGCGGUCAUCGAUGCCUGCGACUGGAUUGGAAUGGACGCUUACCCCUACUUCGAGGACACCAAGCCCAACUCCAUUUCGGACGGCAAGGACCGCUGGGCCGAAGCUUUGGCUGCCACCCAGGGAGCUGUUGGCGGAAAGCCUGUUUGGGUUACUGAGACUGGUUGGCCCGUCAGCGGCAAGACUGUCGGCGCUGCCGUUCCAUCUCUCGAGAACGCAAAGAAGUUCUGGAAUGACGUCGGCUGCCCCAUGUUCGGUAAGACCAAUGUCUGGUGGUACACAUUCCAGGACUCUUCUCCAACAACACCCAACCCCAGCUUCGGUGUCAUUGGCUCGACCUUGACCACCAAGCCUCUCUACGACCUCUCAUGCGACAACGUCAGCUCUAGCUCGUCAGCCUCGGCCUCGGCCUCCUCCACAAACACCGCGUCUGCUAGUGCCUCCACCCAGGCCAGCAGCGCAGCUUCAGCAUCCGCGACUGCAACGGCUACUGCUACAGGAGGUGGAUCCGGCUCAGGCUCAAGCCAGCAGAGUUCUGCCGCUGGUUCCGCUACGACUCUCUCGACUGUGGUGCCUACUACCGAUGGUGGCUCGGGUGGAAGCGGCGGCGGAGGUGCUACUGCGACUGGCACUGCUACCGGCACUGCUACCGGCGGUGCUUCGCCGUCUGCCUCUCAGAGCUCUAGCUCCGGCGGUGGUUCCGGAGGUGGUUCCGGCACCGGCCGCCCCGGUACUAACGGAACCGUCAGCGUUCCCACAACAGGACCGACGGUUGUCCCCGGCAGCAGUGCAACCACGACGACCUUCAGCGUUGCUGUUCUGGCUGGUGCGAUUGUUCUCGCCAUGUUGUAAGGAUUUCGUGGAGAGGAGAAGAGGAUUGGGUCUCAGCAUGACUACUAUUCACCCUAUAAUAUUCUAAUGGUUACUUGGGUUGGCUUGGAAUCUGGGGGGACGUACCCUCGGGAGGCAGGAACGGGUUGGAAGGUCGACCUCUUACGGUUGAGCAGCAGCUCUUGCUUUUUGCUACCUGGCUUUGGGUUUACGAGCACAUAGUCGAACCCUGGAUAAUGAGUUGGAUGGAAGCUCCUCCGCACCAUCAAGGCGAUGAGAGUCGCCCUAGACGGAGUAGUCAUUACGAAUGAAAUGCC